UUUGGAAAUUCGCCAUUGCUGAGCAGCGCUGCCGAAGGAGCAUUCAUUGCGCUGCGCUGCCGAAGUAAUCAUCGAAGGGGUUCGCUUUACGGCGGCAUCCCUUGCGCGCAACCAGCUGCUGCUGGUGACAAGCGUGCGAGCGCUUCAGCUGCCGCGGGCGCGAGCGCAAGCUUCAGGCUGCCGCGGGCACCGCGGCGAACUAUGCGCGUCGUAGCGGCGCUGACACUACUGCGCUGCGCCGGCGCGCUGGUAGCGCCGCGCCCGCGCGUGACCAUGUCCACCAUCCUCCACUCGAGCCGCGACGGCUCACAACCAAUCGGCACGAAGCGCCAAUUAAUAAGAGCGAAGAGUCAAGAAAUAGGCAAGACCCUGCUCCAAAAGGCGAAGGAGCGGCGGCCGUCUCUGGUAAGAGGCGUGCGCCGCGCGGUGAGCGACUUUCGAGAUGUGACGAACGAGGUCGUCGACUACACGAUCGCGAGCGCGCAACUGUCGCGCCAGAAUCUAUUAGCGUGGGCCCAGGCCUUCGGGGCGCUAGCUGCUUUCGCUGCGGUCGGGGCCGCGACGGCGUCGGGGUCCGCGGCGGCUUUUCCGGAGCUGGUGGGCCGGUUUGGGGCCGCGCGCGCGCUCUCGGCACGCGCGACCAUGGCCAUUUUCGCCUUGGGUUUCGGGAUUGCCUUGCGGCAGAACAAGGCGUUGAUCGGGAGGCAGGGGCUCGCGCCCUACCACAAGGUGCUCGAGCGAGUCGAGAGGAAUAGGACGUCGACGUGGUCGCGAGUCGAAGCCGUGCCGUCCUUACUCUGGCUCUCCAAGAACAAAACGGACUCGGCAUUAACAGUUGUAUCAGCGUUGGGUUUGGCUCUUUCAUUACCGUGUGCUUUGGGCGGCGCUCUGCACGGCGGCGGUCGACUCGCUCUCAUAACAUGCUACGCGUUAUAUGCAUCGAUAUCAAAUGUCGGCGGCCCCUUCUACGGCUAUGGGUGGGAGUCGCAGCUGCUCGAGACGGCCGCUUUAUGUGCCUUGCCCUCGCACCCGGAAUGGGGCGGAGUAUUGGCCUUGCGCUGGCUCGCCUUCAAAAUUAUGCUCGGGGCUGGAUUAAUCAAACUAAGAGCUCGAGGGCGAACGUCGGACGGCUGGCACGACCUCACGGCCAUGACGACGUUCUUCGAGACGCAGCCGCUGCCCUCGCCCAUGUCCCGCCGCUUGCACUUCGCUCCAAAAGGAUUCCACCUGUUUGCUACGGCCUCCAAUCACGUCAUCGAGCUCUUCGCGCCAUUGGGAUUGUUGAUCGGGUGUGUGUUGCGCAUUUUGCCCUUUUCUGGACUGAGGAGUGUAGGAAGAUCAUUGGUCGUCUUCUACGGUCUCGUGCACGUGCUCUUCCAGGUGGCCUUGAUCGGCAGCGGCAACCUGAGCUUCCUCAACUAUUUAACAAUAAUACCUGCACUGGCGUGCUUCGACGACGCGGCGCUCAUGUGGCUCUUAGGGAUAGCGGCGCCGACGAACACGGGACCGGGCCUGCGGUGGAUCUUGAACCUCCCGCUUGCUUUAGGAUCGGUGGCCUUCAUCGCCUGGCUGAACAAACCGGUAUAUGAAAAUCUAGUAGGGCCCGCGCGGAAGGAUAGUACGAGCAAACGGCAGGUGAUGAACGGGAGCUUCGACCGCGUCGUCUCGAUCCGGCGCCUCUGCGAGAAGCUGCGGAUAGCGCCGCCAUCGAGGCCGCUCAAUUUGAGGAGUUUGCGCCUGGCGAACGCCUUCGGCGCGUUCGGCAGUGUCCAGCGGACGCGCGAUUUAUUGGUGGUGGAGGGGAGUAGGGGAGAGGCCGACGACUGGAAUUGGCGCGAGUUCGACUUCCGGGGCCAGCGCGCGGACCUGAACGCGCGGCCCGUGGUCCUGGCGCCGUGGCACUGGCGCCUGGACUGGCAGCUCUGGAUCGCGGCGUGCAAGGGCCCGAACGGGACGAAUGAUAGGUGGUUCCUCUCCUUGCUGCUCAAGCUCCUCGAGAACGACGCGGCGACGUCGUCGCUGUUGCAUGCGAAUCCGUUCCUUGAUUCUGAACCGCCGACGCACGUGCGCGUGUCGCAGUACCGCUACGCUUUUGUGGCGCCGGACAACGGCACGGAGGCCGUCUGGACGCGCGAGCCGCGGCGCGUUUUGGUCCGGCCCGUCGGCGCGGAGGCGCUGCGCGAGGCGCUGCGGACGUAACAAUUCAC